AAAUCCGUGAUUUAACUUCAGUGGACGCCUGUGAGUCUGCACCAAGGUCUCCUCCUGCCACAACUGCCAGCCAGCAAGCUGCGUGUGUGCUCAGACGCUGAGGGAGUAGCUGAGGAAGGGUUUAAAAAAAAGAAGAAGAAAAAAAAGGAAAAAGAUUUCAGCACCGGAGCUGUCCACGGCUCUUGGAGAAGUCUAUCGCCGCUUAAAAGGAGAAACUGCUUCCGACUGUAAAUUUUCCUCUGUGGGACUCUGAGGCGGACGGAAUAAUAAACUGCUGUGCCAUUCAUCUCUCUCCGGGGCUACCGACUGGCGAGUAACGGCGCACAUACUUCAUUUGAGCAAAGUCUUGCCAUGCUGGACGGCCGAGUGUAAGACAGAAAGGAUAAAGUCCCAAUAAGUCGCGGUGAACACCAGCCUUUACCCUUUAACGCCAUGGGAGUGCUCAUGUCAAAGAAGCAGCAGAUGGAGAAAGUGCAAAAAUGCAGCGCCGUCGUCUCUGCCUUCCAGGCCGGCAUUAAGGAUCGUCCUGCCCCAGCCAAACAGGCAGAAGGAGAAGUGGAGGAAGGUGAUGCGCCCGCUAAAACUUCAUCCAGUCCUGAGGAGAAGAACACUGAGGAAGCAGAGGAAGGGGAAACAGACAACAGCGCAGGCCCGUCGACUUCCCAGCAGGCCUCGGCAUCAGUGAGGGAUGAGUGUAAGGUCAACCAAGAGGCUUGGUCAAGGUUACGGGAUGGGAAAGGAGUGGAGCCUGAAGAUCUUGACAAGAGCCACCAGCUCACACCGCCUACUUUUGUGCGGCCCAAGAGGGAAGCUGAUGAUGAUCAGCUUGUGGAGGUGGAGCUGGGAAAGAAAGAGCAGCCACCGAGCGAUGAGAUGUGUGACGUGUGUGAAGUGUGGACGGCUGAUGACCUGUACCCCUGCAAAAUUUGCACUCGGGUGUUCCAUGACGGCUGCCUGAGGGAGUUGGGCUACCUGCGUGCCGAGGCCUUGCAAGAGAUGAGAGAUACAGCCCACACUGUUACUGGCUGGAGUUGCUACUAUUGUGAUAAUCUGAACCUACUCCUGACAGAUGAAGAGAUGUACAGCCUUAUGGAGACAUUCAAGCAGUGCAAGAUCAUCCCAGAGUCAUGCCUGGUGUCAGAUGAGCUGCUGCAGUACCACCACUUUGUAUCCAAGCAGCAGUUUGAUAAGGACCUGACUGAUGAACAAGAGGAAGAAGUCCUGGCCCAGUUUGCAGCCCUGGAUCCUGAGAAGAAGGGUCACAUUGAAUGGUCGGACUUCCUCUAUUUUGAGUCUUUGGCAGUGCUGAGGAAGUUCCGCACUGAGAACUCACUGAUGCGCCUGUUGACUGCCAAGGAAAGAGACAACGCACGGUCAGUGUUCCUUGGUCUGGACCUGGAUAAAGAUGGUGUAAUCACAAGAGCAGAAUGCCGCCAGGCCCAGCAGUCCUGGUUCCACAAGCUCAACAAAGACUCGCAGUCGUGCAAUGUGAGUAUAAGUCAUGUUGGCCCCAUAUGUGAGAGCAGCCCAGCCAGCUCUGGCAGUGAAAGGAGUAAGACUGAAGACAACAGGCCAGCAACCUGGGCAGACUUUUUAAAGGAGAGUGCCAUCUAUAUUUUGGCUGCACGGCCCAAUAGUUCUGCCAUGCACAUCCGUCUGCCACUAUAGUCCAGAAUCCUCCACCGCACCCAGCAGAGAGAGAGAGAGAGAGGUAGAGGGUGUACCCUAUAGUCUACAGAUGAGAAGAGGAAGAUAGACAUGAUGACACCGCGAGGAAGGCAACCGAGCAAACUGGAUGAAGCACUGAGCGACAGCAGAUCAAGCCAUCGACAGAAUCUCUCCUCCUCUGCAUCACCUCAACACAACAACACUGACAACACACACGCUGACUGACAUACCGAAGACGCAAGUGACAGCAGCUGUCACAGGUCCCAACUCCAAAACCUUGACGACUUCCAACAAAUGUGAGAGAUAGGAGGAGGAAGACAAGCACCCACUCAUGACUAGUCAGUCAGUCAGUGAUAUUUCUGAAACUUUGAGUGUAGAGAUCAUGCACACAAGCUCCUAGGAUGCUCACACUCUGUAAUAAAUGACAAGUACUAGACUCUAUGGCCCUCCAUCUACAUAACACACCUCUCCAUGCGGGUACAUUCAUGUGUGACAGGCUGUUACUCUUUCAAGUAUUCAUUCCUUUGGGCGUCAUUAUGUCCUAAUAAUAGCUCCAUGCUACUGUAAUGGGAUUGUGUUAUUUGCCAGCCAAAUUAUUAAUCACACCACACAGAGGCACAUGCAAAUUCAUUAUUGGUACUGUUUGACAAGUGGAUAGACCUCUGGGAGGAGAUUAACCCCACAGCUGCCAUUAUUGCCAUUAAUAGAACAUAUACCAAACAGGAAUGAAAGCUACCUGCGUACAUUAUAUUAUAUGAGAACUGCUAUACAUACCAGUAUAAAUUAUUAUUAUGCAUUAAAAAGCUGUAUUUAUUCCUGUAUCCUCUGAUGUAUCCUCUGUUCUUCCCCCAUUUUCAUCCAUGAAUCUAUAUUCUUCUGAAGUACUAACUGUGAAAAAGGAUGUGAACGCUAAUGAAAGCUAACACAGUGAGUGACAUGUAAAUACUGCCAUAUAGUUCAUCGUGUUCCUGUUGUGCUCAGAGCUGCACUUUGACAAGGUGGAAACAUCUGCCGUCCUGUUCUAGUGUCAUUAUUUGCACCGGAAUGCGAAGCGAUGUGGUUGGACUAGUGUGUGACAUAACCAACAAUGAUAUAAUGAAACACUGAAAGAGAACGAGAGAUCUGGUGCAAACAUUAGUCCUUUGUUAAUAUGCGUAAGCACUGUUUAAAAGUUGGUAUGGAAUUCUAUAAUGUUACAGUUUAUACAACAGUUUGAAUGCACAAGAAACUGCCUCUAGAAUCACUGAAAACAUACUGUAACAAAUAGAACUUCAUGUAGUGUUUAUGACAUCAAAUGAAGGUUCAAUGCCAGGUACUGUUAGUGAAUAAAGUGUGAUUAUGACAUGAAUUUUGAUUG